GAGCGUGUGAGGAUGGGAUUAUGAGAGUUUUUUUUAUCCAUAUUGGAUCUGGCUUUUUUAUUCUUUUAUGGAAAUAUUUUACUGGCUGAUCUGACCAGACCUAAGCUGGAAGCUCUGGAAACUGGUUUAGCUCAUAUUCAGAUGCUCUGAGGGUUUGGAGAGUUUCAGCUUUACUUUGGAAAUUUAGGAAAGCGACUGAUAAAGCAUUUUAAAAUGCAGAAUCAGAUCAAACUGUUCUCAGAGAUCUCAGAGCUGGUUCUGGCCUGGUGUCCCAGCGGUUGUAUUAGCUGGACUGACUGCAGGGUAUAGAAUUUCUUUAGGGUGGUGAGUUUCAGCUGAACGUACUGUAUAAGUUCACUUUUCAGAGUCAACGUUUCUGUUUCCUCGUUAGUUUUAUGUGUUUGCUUCCUUUGUUCAAUGGUUUAGUGCAGUAACAGUUAGACAGUCAAACAGUCAGACGCAGUUGGCAUUUAGUGGCAGAUGGAGGCUUCAGCUCGAAGCUGGACUUCGGCUUGACUUUGAGUUUGGCAUAAUGUGGAUUUGGGACAAACAGGAGGAACCAGUGGAGGUGAGGUUUUCAGGUGUGCUGAGGUUUUGCUGUUUGAAGUAGAAAAGCUCCCGUCACAUUGUCACUGGAACAGAAACGUAACUCAAGCCCCAUCAUGAACAAAGAUUCUCGCUUCCCCAGGAAGACUGGCUACUCCACACGGAGACACUCCUGCAUCGGUUUUGAUGCGGAGAAUGGCCUGUGUUUGGGCCGCAGUUCUAUGGACCCUCAGGGUGGUUCAGGCUCAGGGUUGGUCCUGCAGGCCAGCGUUCCCCACAGCCAACGCCGGGAAUCCUUCCUCUACCGCUCCGACUCUGACUUCGACCUUUCACCCAAAGCCACAUCCCGCAACUCGUCUGCAGCCAGCGAGCUGGAAGAGAGUCUGAAGCACUGGGAGGUGAACUGGCUGAGCCGACACGGAGAAGACAUGAUAGUGACCCCUUUCGCACAGGUCCUGGCCAGUUUGAGGACAGUCCGGAAUAACUUUGCCAUUCUGACCUACCAGCAAGAUCGCGUGCCUGGCAAGAGAUCCUCUGGAAACCCGUCCAUGUGCAAAACGAGUCUACCAGAGGAGCCGGUGCAGCAGCUGGCGGUGGAGACGCUGGAGGAGCUGGACUGGUGUCUGGAGCAGCUGGAGACCCUAAAAACUCGAAACUCUGUCAGUCAGAUGGCAUCAAACAAGUUUAAAAGGAUGCUGAGCCGUGAGCUCACCCAGCUGUCUGAAACGAGCCGGUCAGGAAACCAGGUGUCCGAGUACAUUUCCAGCACAUUCCUCGAAAAGCAGCAUGACCUGGAGCUCAUAUCCCCACUGCCCAAAGACAAGGAGAAGAAGAAGAGGCCAAUGUCCCAGAUCAGUGGCGUGAAGAAACCGACGUCCACACAUAGCCGCAAUGUGUCCAUUCCACGCUUCGGGGUUAGCACUGACCAGGAGGAACAACUGGCCAAGGAAUUAGAGGAGAUUCAUAAAUGGGGUGUAGAUAUUUUCAAGAUAUCUGAGUACUCCGGGAACCGGCCACUGACGGUCACAAUGUACACUGUUUUCCAGGAAAGAGACCUGCUGAAGAACUUUAAAAUCCCAGCUGACACCUUUAUUACUUUCAUGAUGGCGCUGGAGGAGAACUACCGUGCUGAUGUUGCGUAUCACAACAGCAUCCAUGCAGCCGACGUGGUUCAGUCCACAAACGUCCUGCUGUCAACUCCAGCACUUGAGGCUGUAUUCACUGACCUCGAGAUCUUGGCUGCACUGUUCGCCAGCGCGAUCCAUGAUGUGGAUCAUCCUGGAGUAUCUAAUCAGUUUCUAAUCAACACAAAUUCAGAGUUGGCUCUGAUGUACAAUGACUCAUCUGUGCUGGAGAACCAUCACCUGGCUGUUGGCUUCAAACUCCUGCAGGAAGAAAACUGUGAUAUUUUCCAGAACCUGAGCAAGAAACAGAGACAGUCGCUGCGUAAAAUCGUCAUUGACAUGGUCCUAGCCACAGAUAUGUCCAAACACAUGAACCUGCUGGCAGAUCUGAAGACCAUGGUAGAAACCAAAAAAGUGACAAGUCUCGGGGUUCUCCUCCUGGACAAUUACUCAGAUCGUAUCCAGGUCCUUCAGAACAUGGUGCACUGUGCUGACCUCAGUAACCCCACCAAACCUCUGGAGAUUUACCGGCAGUGGACUGACCGCAUUAUGGUGGAGUUCUUCACCCAGGGAGACAGAGAGAGGGACAGAGGGAUGGAGAUUAGCCCCAUGUGUGACAAACACAAUGCCUCCAUCGAGAAAUCACAGGUGGGGUUUAUUGAUUACAUUGUGCACCCUCUUUGGGAGACGUGGGCAGAUUUGGUCCAUCCUGAUGCUCAGGACAUCCUGGACACUCUGGAGGAUAACCGGGAGUUCUACCAGAGUCUGAUCCCUCACAGCCCCACCAUCGCACAUGAGGAGAAGAGCCUGAGCCGAGGGGCAGGUGGUGGGUCCGGAGGGGCCGGUGGGACUGGAGGUCCAGGGGAGAAGUUCCAGCUUGUUCUGACACUUGAGGAGGAAGGAGAGACAGACGCAGAGAGUCCAGACAGUCCAGAGGAAGAAACAGAAACUGGACAGGACUGGACUGAGACAGACCCCAAUCAGAAGCCCAAAGCUCUUCACAGCCAGCGCGUUGAUACCUCAGAUAGCAAUGAUGAGGAUGGAGAACUUGACCAAGAAGGGAAAAGUGUGAGGCUGGGAACGUAACACUGAAAAUUUUGUUCUUCCUGUUGAUUUUUUCUUCUGUUCCUCUUCCUCCUUUCAACCAUGCACUGACACUGGGGUCACCAGCCCUCAAGGAACUGAUUGAGACCUCCUGGAACUAUAAGAUUCUGUCCUUGAGAUUUUUAGCAGUUUUAAUAUUUUAAACUUCAUAGUCAGAGUACUGUAGCUUUUACACCACAGUGUUGAUAGAAAGGCAGAGUGUUCUUUGUGUGAUCUUGUAAUGGGAGUACACAAUUGCGGGCAAAGUGCACAGCUAACACAGCUCCCCCAGGCUUUCUAUCCAAGCGCACCUUUAACGUCACUUACUCUGUGAGCGACAGAAGUAGAACCUUUACCUCCUGUCCAGUAAAUCUAAAGCAUCAAGUUAAAGCAGAGUGCUCUUUAGCUUUAGACAACAUCACUGAACUGAAUACUUUUCCCUUAAUGAGGUCAUUUUGAAUGUGUACCUGCCUCAUCUCUACAUGUGACAUGAAGUCAUUUUUGGGGACGUUUCAGUCGUGCUAGUUUACCACCACAACAUUAACGACAGUUUUGUUGUCGGUGGAAAAUGUUCCUAAGCGCACCAUCACCUCUAUUUUAAGAUCUGCCUUCAUGAAGUGUUGGACUACUUUCGAAAUUUCAGAGGGUUCUCAUUCUUAUAAAUCUACGCUUCCCCUACAACUAAAGGAAGUUCCCUCCAGAUGGGAAUUCUCGUUAAGAGUUGAUGUCUUGCCCUGCAGGAGUUUGUUUGUGUUGGCUAAAAUGUAAAUGAUAAACAUAAGCAGUCUCCCAGAUCACGACUCUAUGUUACAGUCGUAGACCUCGCACUGGAGAAACGUUUCCUUCUGCUCUGAAGAUCUGAAGACUUGUGAGAUAUAUAUUCAGAUAUAUUUGUAUGCUUUCCAGCCUGGUUUCACAUUGCACAGAACGAGGAAGUGGACUGGAAAGGACAAGUGUAUGUUUAGUGGUUUUAUACCAGGACGUAUUAUGAUUAUGACGCAGGAAACACUAAGAUAUUUAUGUGCACUAGAAAUCUAUUCCAGAAGAAAAUACACUUCAGGCGUUCAUGUGUUUUUUUGCACCUGAACAAAAGCAAAGAAGACCAAACUUAACAUGAACACCUCAGGAUACAUGCUAAAGGACUACCUUCACCAACGGCUUAUGUGUGCUUUUACACCGAACACCAGCUUCCUCUGCAUUGCUGAGAUGUGGUUUGUGUUGAGAGAUCUUUUUGUAUUUGUUUUUAGCGCCACCUAGUGGACAAUUGCCAUUAACAAAAGCCUGAGCUGAUUUCCGGACCCUCAGUGCACCUGGUUCUGGACUAAGCUACACUGUCAGUGGUUUUCGGUUGAAGACUCCUCGACGGUGUCUAAAGAUUAAUGGCUCUGAAAGAGUUGUUGUUUUAGACUCACUUUAACUGAUCCCACAUGCUUCUGUAGCUCAUUGCCUUUGUGUUGUUUUAAUGCUUAGUAUUUGUUUUUAUUUCUGCUACAGGUUAUGUGUAUGUAUAAUAAUGUUUUUGCUGAAAUUAUCUGAUCUGCUUCCAGUUCAGUAGCGUUUGUAGCACUUUAUUUAAAUCUGAUUCUGUUUCUGUAAGGGCUGCAGUCAGACUGGAUUCACACAAAAACCGAAGUCUGACUAAAAUGCAAUGUUAGGUGAGAUAGAAUCCAGAAUAUAAACACUAAAGAGAGACUGUGUGUGUGUAUGUAUGAGAGAGAGAGAGAGAGAGAGAGAGAGAGAGAGAGAGAGAGAGUGUGUGUGUGUGUGUGUGUGUGUGAGGGAGGGAUAUAAUUCAUACCUUUCAAAUUUUUCACCUACAUUUUCUUUCUGAUGUGAUUUGGUUGCAUGUUAUUCAUUUCCCAGUUCUGUACUUUCAAUUGUGUAAUACAAAAAACACUUUCAUGUACCCACACUAUACCCCCCCCCCCCCCGCCCCCCACACUCACCCGAAACAA